CUUGGAAAUCCUCAAAGGCAGUGUUCCCCUUCAUUUUCAGCAAUCAAUUUGGGUGAAGUCAAGCAAGAGAGCAAAAGAUCGGGAAAUGGGGAAACCAUUGGGAACAACAGGAGAGUUCUUCAGGAGAAGGGACGAGUGGAGGAAGCAUCCUAUGUUGACCAACCAGUUCCGCCACGCUUUCCCUGGCCUUGGCAUCGCCGUCGUCGCCUUCUCCAUCUACUGCGUCGGCGAAUUUGCCUACAACAAGAUGUCUGCCCCUUCUCACUCCACCUCUUCCGUCGCUGCUUCUCACUCUCACUGAGAUGAAUCUCCAAUCGUCUCUUUUGGUGAAUUGGUAGUGCAAGAACGGGGAUGACAGUAAAAUUCAGUCUCGUGUUUUUCUCAGUCAUAUCAAUAAGACAUUUAACAAACAUGAACUUGUAGCCUCACAUUAUUUGAGGCUUGUUUUGUAACAAGAUUAAUGAGUGGUUUACUUUACCAUGUGUUUACCCUCGUUUUUGUGGUUUAUUUCUACAGUUCCAUGUGC